GAACCGUUGCUCCAUCUCCGUCCAAUCCCGAGGCUCGACUUCGCAUUUUGCGAGAGCACAGAGAGAGAGAGAGGGAGAGCUGACAUCGGGCGAUCGAUCGAUCGAUCGACUUAUUCCGUUCGAGUCGGUAUCGAAAGGGAGUUCGCAGGCUGUUGCAGAGAGAGCGCGAGAGCUGCUUCGAUUCCGCCGCGACAGUUUCGAUCCGGAAGGAAGCUUCCCGGAAGCCAAUCGAGAGGGGAGGGCGGAGGGGGGGUGCAGAAGAGAGGGAGGAUCUGAGGAGGAAGAAGAGGAUGUUGCCGACGGCAUCCAAGGGGCGGUCGUCGUCCUCCGCCUCUCGAUCGAAUAACAUGUUCUCUCAGUACCUCCGCAGAAUCGUCAAGUGGCAACAAAUGGACAUCGAAUAUACAUUCUGGCAGAUGCUUCAUCUGUGUACAUCACCAAAAGUUGUAUAUCAGCACACAAAGUAUCACAAGCAAACUAAGAACCAGUGGGCACGUGAUGAUCCAGCAUUUGUGGUGAUCAGCACUCUUCUUUUGGUAGUCGCAGUAUCAGCAUAUUGUGCCGCGUAUGACCACAGCAUUGCACAUGCCGUCUAUGUAAUUAUUUCGGUGUUACUUUUCCACUUUUUGGUGACUGGAGCUCUCUUGUCUACCUUUUGUUGGUUCUUGACAAACAGCUAUCUUCGGGAAGAGGCUCCAAAUAGUCAUGUGGUUGAGCAACGCGUCGAAUGGCUCUAUGCGUUCGAUGUACACUGCAACUCCUUCUUCCCUAUGUUUGUUUUGCUUUAUGUGAUACACUAUUUCUUAUCUCCUCUCCUGGUAGCUCAUGGCUUUAUUCCUGUAUUGCUGUCAAAUCUGCUUUUCAUGGUGGCAGCUUGUUACUACCAUUAUCUAAACUUCCUAGGUUAUGAUGUGCUGCCCUUUUUGGAGAGGACCACUUUCUUCCUAUACCCAAUCGGUGCUGUCCUCGUCCUUUGUCCUAUUUUUAUGUUGAGCGGGUUUAAUCCGUCCAGAUAUUUCAUGAACAUGUAUUUUAGUCAGAGACUAUGAUUUGGUUCACGGCUAGCACAUCAGAUGGUCCAUAUUUUGGUCGCACAGGUAGUUCAACAGCUUCAAUGGUUACCUGUCCAUUGUAGUUUUCGUUCAUAGAAAGGACUCAGGACUGCAAUGCCAAGCAAGCCACUGUAGUUUUUCUUUGAGGCUUUUCUUCGAAAUUCCAUUGUCCUUCCAUGCACGCCUAAUUUACUCCGCUAUAAUCUCACAUCCCCUCCAUGUUUCGGGGUUUUAAUUUUUGUAACGGACUCAUUGUUAUUACAUGUUAGUAGGAGUUGCGCAGAGAAAUUUGCAGUGAUUAAAGAAAGGCUUUCUUUACCUUUGGCCCCAGUAA